GACGCUGGAGCUAGCCAGAAACACCGGCACCUCAUCGAUGGCGGCGGGCGGCGUGUGGGUGUUCCGGAAGGACGGGGUGAUGGAGCUGGAGCGGGAGGCGUCGAGCCGGAAGGCGCUGGUGUACGUGCCGGCGAACGAGACGAUGCGGUCGCUGCGGGCGCUGGAGCGGCGGCUGGCGUCGCUGGGAUGGGAGCGCUACUACGAGGACCGCGCCGUCGUGCAGCUCCACCGCCGCGACGGCAGCCUCGACCUCAUCUCGCUCCCGCGAGACUUCGCGCGCUUCCGCUCCGUCCACAUGUACGACGUCGUCGUCAAGAACCGAGGCCACUUCAAGGUCGUCGACCUCUAACUCUGUAAGCAUCCUGUGCGUCUCACUCUCACCGCCCAGUCAAGCUUGCAAGGUGAAAAAAAAACCUACUUUCCCCGGCCAGUCCAGCUUGCAAGAUGUGUCUGUGUGUUGGUCGUUGUACGGUGUACGUGUGAUCGAUCCCUGUGUAACAAAUGUAUGCCUUGUACUGUUUGGCGAUUUCCGUGUU